AUGGACUGGACUAGAGGGCAUGCCAUAGGCCAUGGCUCCACAGCCACGGUUUCCGUCGCCACCUCUAUCCAAUCCGGUGAUGUUUUUGCCGUAAAGUCAGUCGAGCUAUCCCAAUCUGAAUUCUUGCAAAGGGAGCAACAAAUUCUCUCUUCUAUAGCCUCUCCUUUUAUUGUUAGCUACAAGGGGUGUGACAUUACUAGAGAAAACAACAAAGUAAUGUACAAUCUUUUCUUGGAGUACAUGCCCAACGGCACACUUGGAAAUGCAAUUCAUGCUAAUGAUGGAGGUCGGCUCGACGAAUCAUUGAUCGGAAAUUACACGUAUCAAAUUUUGCGAGGCCUAGAUUACGUACAUUUGAAGGGAUUGGUGCAUUGUGACAUUAAGAGCAGCAACAUCUUAGUAGGACAAAAUGGUGUCAAGAUUGCGGAUUUCGGGUGUGCAAAGCGUGUGGAACAAGCAGGACCGAUUGCUGGCACGCCGAUGUUUAUGGCACCGGAGGUGGCGCGUGGAGAGGACCAGGGGUUUGCUAGUGAUAUAUGGGCUUUAGGGUGCACAGUUAUCGAAAUGGUUAGUGGCGGUACACCUUGGCAUAAUGUCAGCGACCCAGUUUCCACCAUUUACCGGGUAGGUUAUUCGGAUCAGUUGCCAGAGUUCCCCUGUUGUCUGUCGGAAGAAGCAAGGGAUUUCUUGGACAAGUGUUUAAGGAGGGACCCAAAAGAGAGGUGGACCGCUAGUCAACUUCUUAAGCAUCCAUUUUUGGUUGGAGACUUUAAUCCUCAUGUUGUAAAGCAAGUUCAAGAAUCUAAUUCAAGUUCAAAUUCUCCUACAAGCAUUCUUGAUCAAGGACUGUGGAAUUCAUCACUGGAUGAAUCAGAAAGUUUGGAGAACUUGGUCUCGAUCCCUUCAAGUAGUGAGAGUUCAGCCAGUGAAAGAAUCAGAUGUUUGUCCUUGCUUUCUGGGGCUCCUAGUUGGGGUUGGGAUGAUCGAAAUUGGAUCACAAUCAGGGGGAAUAGCAGCGAUGAAGGUGAUACAAUUAUGGAUGACAUUGAAGACAAGGAUGGUAUAGUUAGCUAUGGUUUGGGAAAGCAGAAUAGCCAUAUUGAUAGCAAGGAAUUGUUAACUUCAUUAGAUAGCGAUAUUAGCAAUAGAAUUAUUAAUGAUAUUUGGGCCUCUUGUAAAUAUAGGAAAGUAAGUUUUGUUAAACCUCCUGAGUCAAGAUUAAUUUCACAAUCAUAA